AUGUCUCUCCUCUCGGCACUUAUGAAUCAUCAGAAUGUUUCAUUUUUCGAAAAUCUGCGUCUCUUCGAUUCUUUAUGUCUUUUCGAAGCCGCCAAUCGUCCUCCAACCAGCCAUUCUAUUUUACUUUUUCAAUGGCGCAAUGUGCGCGCCUAA